AAAGUAAAAAGUGAUUCACGGUUGCGCGUCGGCAGAUCAAUUUAAGUAAAAUACAAAAGUAAUUUGCAUGGCCGCUAGAGACGGCGUUAGAGUGUUUAAACAAAUUAGUUAAUAAUACUGCCGCGAGUGUUUUUAAAGAAACAAAAAAAACAACGGCUCCGGUGCGUCUGCGUCGCAUAAACUACAAGCAACGCGUGUGAAUGUGUGUGUGCACAUGCGCCUGUGUAUGUGUGUGUGAAAGGAGAAGGAGAAACGAAAUAAAAAAGUGUACAGACGACGCGCAGACGCAACAAUCUUUGGAUAAUUAAAAAAGGCAACGAAAAACGCGAGUGAACAUUAAUCAAUUGUUGGCGAAAAUUUCGCCAGAGCCAUCAAAAAAGUUGGUUAACAAGUUAAGGAAGUAAUAACAACAACAGCAACAACAACAACAACAAAAUGGGUUGUGCAGUGAGUACAGCACGAGAUAAAGAAGCCAUCGAGCGUUCCAAAAACAUUGAUCGGGCGCUGCGGGCGGAGGGCGAAAGAGCCGCUUCAGAGGUUAAACUGCUGCUUUUGGGCGCCGGAGAAUCUGGCAAGUCAACAAUUGUCAAACAGAUGAAGAUCAUACACGAGACGGGCUAUUCACAGGAGGAGUGCGAGGAAUACAGACGCGUUGUGUUUAGCAACACUGUACAGAGUCUGAUGGUGAUCAUACGUGCCAUGGGCAGGCUAAAGAUCGAGUUUGCGGAUCCCAGCAAAACGGAAAUCGCACGUCAGUUCUUCACACAUGCCUCGGCAGCAGAUGAGGGCAUUUUAUUGCCCGAAAUUGUGUUGCUGAUGAAGAAACUGUGGGCGGACGCUGGUGUGCAGCAAUCGUUUUCACGUUCACGCGAAUAUCAGUUAAACGACUCGGCUGGCUACUAUUUGAACUCGUUGGAUCGCAUAGCGCAACCCAAUUAUAUACCCACACAGCAGGAUGUGCUGCGCACACGUGUCAAGACCACGGGCAUUAUUGAGACGCAUUUCUCUUGCAAACAGUUGCACUUUAAGUUGUUUGAUGUGGGUGGUCAGCGUUCGGAGCGCAAGAAGUGGAUACAUUGCUUUGAGGGAGUCACAGCCAUCAUCUUUUGUGUAGCAUUGUCGGGCUACGAUUUGGUUUUGGCAGAGGAUGAGGAAAUGAAUCGCAUGAUUGAAUCACUAAAGUUAUUCGAUUCCAUUUGCAAUUCAAAAUGGUUUGUGGAAACCUCCAUCAUACUCUUCUUGAACAAAAAGGAUUUGUUCGAAGAGAAAAUCAAGCGAUCUCCCCUUACGAUAUGCUUCCCCGAAUACACUGGUUCAAAUACCUUUGAGGAGGCUGCCAACUAUAUACGCAUGAAGUUUGAAAAUCUCAACAAACGAAAAGAUCAAAAGGAAAUCUACACGCAUCUUACCUGCGCCACAGACACAAAUAAUGUCAAAUUUGUAUUUGAUGCAGUCACCGAUGUCAUUAUUAAGAACAAUCUGAAGCAAAUUGGACUGUUCUAAGCACAGCUGUAGUGCAUCUUAGUAUUAAAAUAAAAACGGAAAAAUGCGCAAAAACAUUUCCAUUACAUUAUAAUUAACUAACCAUAAUUAACGUACGGGCAUAUACAUACUAUGUUCUAUAUAAAUACGUAAACUUGUAUACUUGUGUGUAUAUGUAGAAUUUUUUUAAAUGCCUUACAUGCACUUGCGAUAUGUAAACCGAUUUUUGUUGCCAGUAGUCGCGGAACAAAUAAUUUAACGCAAUAAGUAAACAGUUUUUAAAAUUUGUCUAAGCUUAAACUAAUUAAGUUUAAAAGAGAAAAGUGUAAAGUAGGCGCCAGCUAGUUUGGCAAAGACUGUUGACCAAGAAUUUGUAAACUGCAUAAUUUUUGACCAAUUGGCUUUGCUUUAAGUUUAGUUUAUAUAUGUGAACAGUUUGCACUGCGCAAAACAGAAAACUUUGAGUUUAUUCUUAGCCUUUUGCGCAGUGCAUUCUGAGCACGUUUUGCAACACUGCGACGUCGCCGCGCAAAUUUUGCCAAGAGGAGCGCCACUAUUUGUAUGCUUAUAAGCCCUCUAAAUGUAACUAGCAAGCUUACUAAUAUUUUAGUAAUAGUUUAAAUGAAAACGACAAUUAAAAAUAAAAAAUAAUUAUACUCAA